AUGGCAGACGCGAUAGUACCGACACUACAUCAACUCUGUUCAGUACAUUUCGCUAACAUAAUAGGAGAUGGCCGCGUUCCGUCUAUUGAUUGUCCAUUGCCUACUCAGAUCGGAGAUGCCAUAUUCACAGCUCUACGCGACCAGGGCAAACUGAACGAAAAAACAUUUGACUGCUUUACCAAAACUAAUCUCCAGAUCAGUAGGUUCGACAUAUCAAGAUGUGAAUGCUUUGAUCCUAAUGCACUGGCUGGCAUGUCAACCUAUAACAAAUUGGAAGUAGUCAAUAUAUCUCAUCAGAAAUGCCCCAGCUCCCCAGAACGUGUGUGUGUGUUGAACCUUAUGGAAUUCGUGAAGAACUUACAUCCAGAUACAUAUGAAAAGCUUCGCUAUCUGAACAUUGGAGGCCUCGGUGGAGUAACCUGUGUUUUUGUCUUGCGCAAUUUCCCUAAUUUGGAAAGUUUGAUAUUGAAUAACAGGCCCAUUUGCCAGCGUUGGCUCUCAUACAUGUCAUCGUUUGUACCUAAUUUAACCAUGAUUGAUAUCACUGGCACAAUGGUCUCUGACAUCACGUGGCUUAGGUGCUUUCCUAAAUUGGAAGUUUUGAUUAUGCACAAUGUGAAAGUUCGCACCGGAUGUGUUCAUCGGUCACUCUCAACUCUCCGUGCACUUCGAGUUCUCGAUAUCUCUAAGAAAGUCACAGAUUUUGCCGGAGAUGGAUCUCAAGAGUCAUACACUGACUUGGCGCUUGCUGUAGUGGAUAUUCUGAAUGAUAAUAAGGAAUGCCCUUGGCCUGAGCUGCGAUCAAUCGACAUUUCUGGAAAUCCCUUAGCGGGUAUGGGAAUAGAUCAAGCAAUCGAAAUGGUUGAUACCAUUAUUCUACGUUGUCCGAUGUUACAACGAGUUUCUGUUAUGGCGACUCCCCUCGAUGGACAUUCAUAUGUUACACCUGGAAAUAGAAAUGUAAUGAUUGUGAAUUGUGCUAAUAGGUUGAACGCGAUGCAAGCUCUCAUCCAAUAUUGGGAUACUGAUAGAGACGUAUUCACAUCACAUGCACUGCAUGCUGUUUAUUAUUGCUUACAAAGUUCGUAUGACGAUUUCAAUGAUUUAGAGGUGAAGAAGUGUGCACGUGUUGUUUGCAAAGCAAUGAAGAGACAUUUGGGUAAUAUUGGUGUCCAAAUGGCAGGAAGUGCCUGUUUGUAUCAUCUCUGCAAAAUGAAGCGUAUUAGGAGACUUUCAAUCUCUGAGGUUCAAGAAUGUAUGGAGCGUUGCUUGGAUGCAGCUGAGACUUAUCGCCAAAUGGUUCAGCUUCAAAAGAAUGUGUGGUUAACUAUUUGUAAUGAUUAUCUGUUGCAAUUGCCUGGUGUUGAUUUCUAUCGUACUUGUAAAGUAGCUCUGGAAAGCAUGUUGUCUAGCCGUGACGCUUCGGUAGCCAGGAUGACCAUUGCUAUCGUCUCGAUCGUAACGCCAAAGAUGCGUCCUCCCGAGGCUAAGGAAUUGGUCGGCGAUGAGCGAUAUGUACGACAUCUAGUUCAGCUGUUGAAUGAUAAUCUAAGAACGCUGCUUAACACCCCUGGACCUCAUGCUGAGAACUCUAUUUUUACCUUAAAGUUCACUUUGAGUGCUCUGUGGAAUCUGACAGAUGAGUCUUCGACGACUUGUGAAGUCUUCUUUGACGCUGGAGGAGUAUUAAUAUGUUUUGAAAUCUUAGAUAUAUUUGAAAAUCAUUCUAAUAUUCAAACGAAAGUUUUAGGAAUAUUAAACAAUGUUGCCGAGGUUCCUUGCCUUCAAAAGGAGAUUAUAGAGAACGAACGAUGGCUUCAAACAUUGUGUGAUUGUUUAGAAGGCGACUUCCGCAAGAGAGAUGAAAGCGGAAGGAAUCGCAGCGUCGAGCGGAGCUAUUUCGCUGCCGGUGUUCUCUCAAAUAUUUUGGUCUGCCAAACAUGGAAUAAUGUGAAAAUCAGCAAGGUGUGGGUUAACGAUUUACUCACUUCCGUAAUCAUGUCAUGGCCGAAUCUUCAGAACGCCAUGGUCUCGUAUAGAUCUUUCUUACCUUUUGUCAGAAUCUUAUCAGAGACCAAUUAUAGUGGCGCUCAAAUGUGGUGUUUGUGGGGAAUCAACCACGUUCUAGCUCAUAAAGAGAAGAACGCAGCUUCCAUGGGCUACCUCACAAUGCUUCAGCAGUCAGAUAUUCCUGUUCAUUGCAUGAGUCUGAGCCGCAGCGAGAUCACCCAUCCAUAUGUUCGCGAGUUGUCAUCUCAGAUCGAGGCAGCUUGGUUGCGUGGUGCAGAUAUUGUGGGCUCCGAAGAUGCGUCGUCAUUGCAUCUGAGUUUUGUACAGGCGGUUGCUUGA